AUGAUGGUUGUUCCUCGUUGGUGCUAUGGAAGUCAUGACGGAUGGGCGAGUUUGGUGGAUAGGUGGCUCGGCGCCGAUGCAGAGUUUGCUGCCAAGAGCAUCAAGGCCCGGGCUAACCGUGGAGACGACGGGACACACGGCCAAGGAAACAGGAACCACUGGGGCUUCAAGGCCAUGAAGGAGGACAAGUUGAAGAGGCCGCUCUCAGACAUGGAGUCGUGGAAGCUGGCCCGCGAGCGGAGUCAUCGCAAGGAGGGCGAGAGCCAGUACUACGGCAAGACCGAGGAGCACCUGGGGUCUUACAUUCAUCACUAUCAGGAGUUGCAUCCGGAUGUUCCUGUUGCUGAGGUCGCCCAGUCUCAGAUCGACGACACGGCGGUGGUGGCCAUCCAGGGGAAGAAGAAUGGCCGGUAUCCGUGUUUCGAUGGCUUGAUCACUCCUUCGAUCUCGUACACACGGCUUCAGGCUAGCAACCCGAGCCAGUUAGAGAGUACGGGGCGUUCACAGACUCCCUUAGCCCGCCAACAUGCUGCAUAUAAGGAGUUUGUCGAGCAUAGGAAUCUCGAGGUGCGGGAGUACUUGAAACGAGUGAAGGCAAACGAUGAUUACAACCGCUAUGUUGGCGUCUUGGACUAA